CUUAAUUUAGUUUACAGUAUUUUAUGAACAGCAAGCAUCAAGAUGAAAUUUAUGUUAUCAUUUGCCUUGUGUGCUAUUGUUGUAUUGGCAGAAGAACCCAAACAUAUAAGAUCAACAACAUACGACCACAUUGUUGCUGGUCUCAAUGCAGGCAAUGAAAUUGCAAGUUUUUUUGAAAACAGUGCCUUAUUACCGAAAGUUUUGUCAAGCUUUGCGAAAAAUGUUGGACCUUUUCUAGGAGCGAUAAGUCCCUUGGUAUCAUUUAUAUCUGGAUUUGUUAAUAAAGGGCCUUCAGCAGAAUUACGGUCUAUUCAACGACUUGCAAAAGAUAUUGACCAUCGAUUUGAUAAAGUUGAUUCACAAUUUGCCGAAGUUAAAAGGUUGAUUGAAUGGAAUACAGUCAGAGUUCAGUAUAGUAGUCUUGAACAGAAAAUUAAUGCCGUUUAUCGUAAGUACAAGGAAAUGUACAGUGCCCCAACCAGUGCAUUGGCUGGCGAGAAGGUUUUAUUCGUUACCAAUUACGAGAGUGAUUUUCAGAAUAGUGGUAUUAAGCUUUAUGACGGCGUAAUGAAUGUUGGAAAUGUAUUUGGUGAUGGACUUCUCAUUCCUUGUAUGAAAUUCACACUUUAUGACAGAAAAAAAUGCGGAACUUUUAGUUCUGGUAUAUUGAAAUUGUUAUUGCGUGCAGCAGAAGUAGAACUGGCAUACCUUCAGGUCAAAGGUCUAGAGAAAAAUGUACCUUAUCAUACCAGCCAAUGGAAAUCUCGUCUGGAUGAUGUACGUUCUGCAAUGAGCCAUGCAGACUCAGCGAUAGCCAACACAUAUCACGACCAGUCGGGUUCCGACAUCGACAAAUAUGCUCUCGAUCACUCAACUAAUAGUAUGAAUAAUCAUGACUUCGCCAAUGGUUUAUAUAAUUUCCUUGCAGAGAAGUAUUAUUGGCGCGACUGGUUGGUUAUCGCAUACAAAGAUGUUACUGGAGAUGAUAAACACUACCAGCAAGCAUGUAGUGGACAUCUCAAAUUCAGGGACCGCGGACGAAAUAUUGUUGUCGCUAGUGUAGACAAUAAAAAGUCACAUGUGGAUUUGAAAGCAGCUAAAGCAGUUAUAUUUGAUGUCACUGACCAUACAUCACACAGAGAACAUAGACCAGUUCCUAAGACUGUUGACCGACGAUUCAAUGCCCAUGAAGCAUUUGAUACGUUUCCAAGUGCAGCUAAAAGUAGCUGUAGUCCUUAUGCUGCUGCAGGUGUGGUACAAAACGAGGCAUCGCCGUCAUACGCGGCAGCAAAUGGCAGAUUUGUUCUUCGAAAUGCCAAGUAUAAUCAUAUUCACAUAUUUGGAUAAAGUAUUGAUAUAGAUUAAAGAUUUAAAUUACAUCUUCUAUAAGACUUUAAAAAAGGGGCAAAAUAUAACAGAGAAACAUUCCAAUUCAAUGAUUGAAAAUAAAUGACAACGCCAUGACUUGAAAGAAAAGACACACAUACAAAUAAUAGUAAACAAGACACACAUAGAAAACUAAA